AUGUCGUCUAAUCGAUCUCGUACAAUAACAGCUGAACAAACACGUGAACAAUGUAGAACUGUUAUCCUGAGAUUAACGCAACCAACGAAAAAUUCAGCAGCAAACGAACAACAACGUAUGCUUAAUGAUUUACAAAAUCGUGUUAAUAAUAGGUUUCACAUUCUCGUGCAAAAGUUUGUCAUCGAUGAAAAAGAACAGAUCAAUUGUGAACUAUUGGAGAAACUAAAAAAAGUGAAAGAUCCCAAUAUAUUUCUCGAAGCAUUAUUAACACAUCUUUAUGGUAAAGCAGUUAAACAAGAGGAAGGUGUAGUUUCUCCUUAUGUUACUGAGGAAGAGAUACAUGAAAUUAAUAAUAUGGUUGAACACUAU